CGCCCGCCCGCUCGCUAACAUGGCGGCGCCCAGAGGCGGCGGGCGGCGGUCGCUGCCGGUGCCGGUGCCGGUGGUGGUGGCCGCCGCGCUGGCGGCGCUCGGCGCCGGGGGCCCCCCCGGAGACCCUCUGCUGCAGCCCUAUUUCCCCGCCCGACACGGCCCUCGGCACCACCACAGGCACGUUCGGGACUGUCAGCCCCUCAAGUACGGCAACGUGACCCACGAAGCUUGGCCCAGUGACAACGGGACGGGCGGCCCGGUGGCUACCACCAGAACGUUUGUUUCUUACAUCCCCCCCGAGGGAAAGGACCGCAAGGUGGUCUAUGGUCACUUCACUUUUGUGAGGAACCCCCUGAGGACCUUCUCUGUGCUGGAGCCGGGCGGCGCGGGAGGCUGCCGGGCUCACCGCAGAGCCCCCGUGGAAGAGACGGCAAAGCUCGGGAAGUGUCUGGUGGCCCAGAACGGCGGGUACUUUGACAUGGGAACCGGAGAGUGUCUUGGGAAUGUUGUGAGCGACGGAAAGCUGGUGAGGAACUCUGGAGGCCUGCAAAACGCUCAGUUUGGCAUCCGGAAGGAUGGUACCAUGGUGUUUGGGUACCUGUCUGAGGAAGAUGUCUUGGAUCAAGCAAACCCUUUUAUGCAGCUCGUGAGUGGGGUAGUUUGGCUCCUAAGAAAUGGAGAAGUGUACAUCAGCCAGAGUCAAAUGGCUGAGUGUGAUGAAAUUCAAACCACAGGAACCUUUGACAAGUUCAUCAAUGUGAUAUCAGCCAGGACUGCGGUUGGACACGACAGGCAGGGGCAGCUGGUCUUGGUUCAUGUGGAUGGACAGACAGAAUCCAGAGGGGUCAACCUCUGGGAAAUGGCUGAAUUUCUGAAGAAGCAGGGAAUCAUCAAUGCUAUCAACCUGGAUGGUGGAGGGUCUGCGACGCUGGUCUUAAACGGGACCCUCGCAAGCUACCCGUCGGAGCACUGCUCCUUUGACAACAUGUGGCGUUGCCCUCGGAGCAUCUCAACCAUCCUGUGUAUCCACGAGCCUGCCUGCGAGCCUGCAGACUGCGGCGGUCACGGGGACUGCGUGGAAGGGGAGUGCCGCUGCGCCGGGGAUUUUUGGAGAGGUCCAGCCUGCGACGCCUUGGACUGCGGCCCUGCCAACUGCAGCCUGCGCGGCGUCUGCACCGCCUCUGGAUGCCUGUGUGACGCUGGCUGGACGGGCAGCAACUGCAGUGAAGCUUGUGCCAGCGGUUUCUAUGGGGUUGCCUGCGCUCAGAAAUGCCAGUGCCAGAACGGUGGCUUGUGUGACCCCGUGCAUGGAGCCUGUUCCUGCCCGGCUGGGUACUAUGGCACCACCUGUGAGCAAGAGUGUCCCAUGGGCUGGUAUGGGCCCAACUGCCAGAAACGGUGUGCGUGUGAACACACGUGUCCCUGCGAGCGGGAGACGGGCAGCUGCAACGUCACCUACGACUGGGCAGUACAGAACCAGUUAAACCAAGCUGGGCGGUGUUUGGCUUCCCAGAAUAAGGGAAGGAGCAAAGAAAAAUUCUCUCUGUCAGAAAAAACCUGCAUCUCCCUGACCUCUGUCUUGGCUCUGCUUCUGGCGCUUAGCGCCGUGGGAAACGUAGGCCUUUUUCUCAAGGCCAGGUCCGAGAGGCACCACGAGAGCGGGGAUUACCUCUACCACCCCCUGAGGGAGAUGAAUGGGGAAGCCAGUCACACCUCCACAUCUGCUGCCUGCGAGACAGAAGAUAUUCAGGACCAAAGUCAAGCACUCCUUUAGCGUCCAGGAUGGGGAGAGGUGAGCUCCCGGGAGCCGGUGUGGGCUCGGCCACCGAGGGACGAGACCCCGGCAGCGGCCCCUCCCUCCCUCCGGCCAGAGCUGCCCUUCCCUCAGCGGCGGGUCAGUACCUACUUGAAGCAACCCAAGAUCCUCAACGUCUCGGCUGGAAGGGAGACGUUUUACUAUAAUACAUCCUUGCACAAUGCAUUGUAAAAAAAAAAAAAAAAACCCCACCACAUUUGAAUUUGCUUCCAUGUGAGGGAAAUCUAGCCUUUAACACGCUACUUUAAUGCUGCAAAGAGGGGGUGAAAGCCUGUCUGAGCCUGAAUAUUAACAUUUUUAUGCACUCUGUUUUUAUCUCUCCAUGUAAAGGAUAUGUAAUUUUUGUGCUGCGGUUGGCAUCAAAUCACCCUGUAAACAGAAGAUUCUAUUUUUCUAUUAUUUACAGAAGACAAUUUGAAACUUUAAUAAAGUCUAUUAGUGAUAA